AGUUUAGCAUGAAAGUUUGGGAGAAAGUGGAGAGCAAGGGAAGAACUACUUAUAAUGAGGCUUGUAACAUUUCAAUCUUACCAAGAAGAAGAAAACACAGAAACAACAUAGUAAAUUUCAACAGCAGUUGGCAACAAGAACUUCUACAUCAGCUCCUAGAAAAUGAUCUCUAGCUUUGAUUAUAAAUAGAUGGUCAGCAAAGCUAAUGGUUACCCAGCACCAUAAUUUCCCGAGCAAUCAAUCCUUAUAUUGACCAUGGCCUUGAGAAAUUUUGCAGUACUAAUACUAGCACUUUCCCUGGCCACUACUGAAAGGGCCAUAGCAGGUGAUCCUGAUAUCGUUUCUGACUUUAUAAUGCCGCCAAAUAACACCAAAGUUGAUGGAAGAUUUUUCACUUACACUAAAUUCCGUGGAAUAUUCGAUGGAGUUCCUGAAACCUUUAAGGUCACAAAAGCUUCCUUGACUGAAUUCCCUGCUCUUGAUGGCCAGAGUGUGUCAUAUGCGGUGCUUCAGUUUCCUGCAAAUGGUGGAGUAAACCCUCCUCACACGCACCCUCGCUCAUCUGAACUUUUGUUCCUUGUUGCUGGUUUCUUGGAAGUAGGGUUUGUCGACACAAAGAACGUUCUGUAUACUCAAAAGCUUAGAGUUGGAGACAUGUUUGUGUUUCCAAAGGGACUAGUCCACUAUCAGUAUAACUCACGUCCUGACAUCCCAGCCAUUGCUGUUUCAGCAUUUGGAAGUGCAAAUGCCGGAACAGUUUCAGUGCCACUGUCAGUGUUUGCCACUGGGAUUGACGAUGAGAUCCUCGCUAAAUCAUUCAAGACUGAUGUGCAUACCAUUGAGAAGAUCAAGGCUGGCCUUGCCCCUCAUAAAUGAGAUACUUGAUCAACCAACACCAUAAAUGUUGUCCUCUACACCUGUCUGAAAAGUGAAAACAGGCCUCAGACAAAGAGAAUAAGGGGUCACAUACAGCAUCCCAUUUCUUUUCCAAAAAUUUGGUUACUUCUUGUUUAUGUAUCAUGUUGUUCUGUUUGUU